UUCUUCUCUCGUGAGUGACGUGACCUCGAACUUCGAAGUCUGAACGUCAACAUUCUCCGUAUUGUAUUCAUGUGUUAUUUAGUUGAUUCGCGGAAUAAUAUUGAUAUCCAUCAAUCAGAGCGCAACGGAACGGAAUAUUAAUUGCCGUAGCGAAAACGCGUGUUGUGUUGGUUGUUGGUGGACCAGUAUUCUUCUAACCCAAACCGUAAAGGGCGCGGCGCACCCACGCUUUUAAUUUAACUUAACCUACAAAUCGCCGUGUGCUUUGUGGUUGUUGGAGAUCGCAGUUUUUGUUGUUUUUGACAAACAUCUUUUCAUUUAAAUAGUAAAGGAAAUAAUAAUAUAGUCGAUGAAUAACAUUAAUUACUUAAUCCAGAUUAUGAAUUAGAAUUUGUUUACUUAUGCAUAUUAUAUUACUGCAUAAUAAUAAUUAUGGAUUCAGAAAAAAGAAAAUUAUUUAAUAAACUUUAUCAGCGAUAUAAACGAUCUAAACAAGUUAAGAAAGUCGAGGAGGAGCCCUCCACAUCUAAAGAUUUUGAUUAUUGUAUAAAUAGUGAAAGUUCCACAUCCCAAAAAGACAUUUGUAAUGUUUCAGAGGAAAGUACAGACUCCGAAUUAGACUUUUGUGAUAUUGCUCAAAUUCCAAGUAAAAUUCAGGAAGAAAAUUUUGUCGAGACUGAAUUUUUAAAUGAUAAAAUUGAGGAUAAAUCAGAGCAGACCGGACAUGGGGUACACAAGUUUACUUUAAUAGAACAGUUAUCAGAUUGGGCCAUAAUUCACAACAUUGAUCAUUUUGCUUUAUCUGAUUUAUUGCGAAUUCUAAAUCAAACGAUUGACAUUAAUUUGCCCAAAGAUCCAAGGACUAUUUUAAAAACCCCACGAAAUACUGGUUCUCUAAUUGAAAAGGUAGAACCAGGUGUCUACUUUCAUUUUGGGGUAGAAAAUUGUCUCAUAAAUUUACUAAAUCGUAGAGAUGUUAAUGACUCGGAGGAUCGGAGUAAUAUUUUAGAAAUUUGUGUAAAUGUUGAUGGUCUUCCAUUAUCAAAAAGCUCUGGAAGUCAGUUAUGGCCUAUAAUGAUCAAUCUUUUUCAAAAUAAAAAUAUUGUGGAGGUAUGUGGAUUAUAUCAAGGUAACAAAAAACCAGAAAAUGCUAAUGUUUUUAUGUCCAAGUUUGUAAAUGAAAUCAUCAGUUUGAUGACUAAUGGUUUCACUUAUAAAAGCCAAAUAUUUUUUGUAAAAAUUAAAGCCUUUAUUUGUGAUGUCCCUGCAAAAGCUUUUAUAAAGUGUACCAGAGGUCAUAGUGGUUAUAUGUCUUGUUCUAAAUGUGAUACUGAAGGUGUGUUUAAAAAGAAUCGAAUUUGUUUUCCUGCAAUAGAAGGAUUUCAUCUUCGAACAGAUGCAACUUUUAGACGCAAAGAACAAGAUAGCCACCACACAGAUACUUCUAUUUUGGAAUCUAUACCUAACUUGAACAUGAUAACAUGUUUUCCGCUAGACUACAUGCAUUUAGUAUGUCUCGGCAUUGUAAAAAAAUUAAUUAGCAAUUUGUGGUUAUCAGGAAAACCACCUUACCGUUUUUCAAGCCAGCAAAUUUCUGAAGUUUCUCAAAAACAUUUGUCAUUACAAAAUCAAGUACCCACUGAAUUUUCCAGAAAACCGAGAUUGCUUUCUGAUAUUAAACAUUGGAAAGCAACGGAGCUUAGGAUGUUUUUAUUUUACACUGGACCAGUGAUCUUAAAAGAGAGUGUCACUAAUGAGAUCUACCAAAAUUUUAUGUCAUUGCAUGUUGCAGUUACACUUUUUUCAAAAUCUCAAAAUAUUGAUUAUGCUGCUGAAUUGUCAAAAUAUUUUAUUCAAACAUUUUCACUGCUCUAUGGAGAAGAAAAUAUAUCACAUAACGUGCAUAACCUUUUGCAUAUUGUUGAUGAUGUUAAAAUGUUUGGCAGCCUUGAAAAUUUCAGCGCUUUUCCCUUUGAAAAUAAUAUGUUAUUUUUAAAAAAAUUGGUGCGCAAAGGGGAUCGACCCCUUCAACAAAUUGUUAAUAGAAUUGUAGAGCGAAACAAAUGUGUUUUGGGAUCUGGAAAUAUUAGGGCAGAAUAUCCUGUAUUAAAAUAUGAACAUUCUAAUGGGCCACUUAUUGCUAGUGUUUUUGGUAUGAAACAGUUUAAAAAAAUAUAUAUCAAAAAUUUUUUAUUAGCUUUAGAUGAUUCAAACAAUUGCUGUUUCAUGAAUGAUAACAGUGUAGUUAUUAUUAAAAAUAUUGUUUCUUUAAAUAAUGUAGUAACAGUAAUUGGUCAGAAGUAUUUAGUUUUAGAAAAUUUGUAUAACUUGCCUUGUGAAUCCUCUAAAUUAAACAUUUUUGUUGUGAGCAAAGAAGGUCCCAUUAAAUCGUGGGAGUUACCUCAAGUUCUUCACAAGUUUUUUAAACUCACAUUAAACAAUAAGGUGGUUGUUUUUCCUUUAUUACAUACAACUGCUUAAUUUGUUACAGAUUUGUUUAUCGCUGUUAAUUUUUUUCCAUUAUGUAAUUGUUAUUUUCUUAAAAACGUAAAAACAAUUUCUCUCUUUUUAAAAAAUGUGUAGUGUCACAAAUUUUGGACCUCGUUUUGGACGUAAUAGAUUUAAUCUCGGAUUUAAUAUAUAUUUUCUAUGAGGAUUAAAUUAAAAUAUUUUUUUUAUUAA